AUGAAAUUCUCCGUACUCCUUGGUUUUUGUUUUUUCGUGACCACCCUCGCCCAUGAGGGCCACAACCACGGCGAACAGACCCCCCUCGACUAUGUAAGGUUUCCCCAACCAAUCUACCGAACAAGCAAUGGAGAAGUCACUGCCGACGCUAUAUUCUCUGGCAUUACUACAUUCGCCAAACUCCCUUGGGUUCAAUGUCUUACCAGAGAGCGCCAUAUUCCAUUCGACAUUGCCUUCAUCGGUGCCCCUUUUGACACCGGCACCAGUUACCGCCCUGGAGCUCGGUUUGGACCAGCUGGCAUAAGAGCUGGAUCUCGACGCUUGACUCUUUAUGGCGGAUACAAUGUCCCUCUCGACGUUAAUCCAUUUAAUUCCGGGUUAAGGAUCGUCGAUUGCGGAGAUAUACCGGUAACGCCGUAUGAUAACAAGUAUGCAAUUCAACAAAUUGAAGAUGGCCACAAGUCAUUGCUUCAGCGUGAGGCAUACUCGCCGUUGGGGAACGAUUCGAUUACAGGCCAGAAACUCACACCCAUCUCAACCGACGGAAAGAACCAUCCACGAAUCAUUACUCUUGGAGGGGACCACACUAUUGUGUUACCUCUACUAAGGUCAAUCUACUCCGCAUAUGGUCCGAUAUCUGUCAUCCAUUUCGAUUCUCAUCUCGAUACUUGGAAGCCAUCCGUGUUCGGGGGAGCGCCCUCUGAACAAGCGGCAAUCAACCAUGGCACUUAUUUCUACUGGGCUAGUCAGGAAGGACUCAUUAAUAAUGGAACAUCAAUUGCAAGUCACGGUGCCAUUAGGACGACUUUAUCGGGUCCUGAAGAUUACACCAACGACGACGACGCCGGAUUCAAACGUAUCGAGGCCCGUGAGAUCGACACCAUUGACCCGGCAUUUGCCCCUGCCACUGGAACCCCAGAAACAGGCGGAUGGUCUACCCGCGAACUUCGCACCAUCUUAAGAGGCCUUGAUGGGCUUCAAAUAGUUUCGGCUGACAUCGUAGAAGUCGCACCGGCCUACGACACAAAUGCCGAAUUAACAACUAUGGUCCUGUUCGAAGUACUGAGCGUUAUGGCAAAGACCCCUUUAGGUAAAGUUGCUGGGAAGUAA